AUGGGGGAACUUCCAUUUGAGAUGCCCGAUAUUCGUAAUUUCCCGAUGGAAAAGCUUUGUUACGAUUUGAAGUUGGAAAUCUUGGAACGAAUGGAUCCCAAGGACAUCAUUGAAUUGAUGAAGAGUAACAAGAAAUUCCGCGCGAUCCUCAUCAAUCGACCGUGGAUGAUUUUUGGCGAACAUGUACAUUCGAUAAUUUUCCGCCCAAUGCACAUUGUCGAGAUCAAGAAACACCCGGGCUCUUCGAUUUUCAUCGAUCUCCGUUGCGAAUCAGUUCUCUUGAAGAGAAUCACAAGCUGCGUUCAGUUUAUCCGAAGAGAUAUCGAGAGUGAUGUCGAAAAAGAGACAGCAUUGGAAAUUCUCGAAAAGUUGGGUUCUGUUGGGGAAAUCCAAAUGAUGUUGGACAAUUCAGCGAUGCGCCAGCAUUUUGCCAUCUUCAAAGGAAAGGUGACCGAGCGAAUCUUUUUGGAUCUCACUUGGUACACGUGGAAUAUGGACAAUGAAAGUAAUCGCUACCUGACGAACCUCUUCGAAAGUCAGCUUGAAAAUUGCAAGGAGAUUUCGAUGAACGGACAUGGAAGCCAAUUCUACUUCCUUCGGCAGUUUCUUCUGAAAACAAACGUCAGGAUGAUUGCGUUCACUGUUGCUGAGGAACAAUCUUCUGACCAGAAGUCAGCGGAUCUCGUAGCCGGUUGGAUAGCCAGCAGGGGGAUACCGAGUCGAAAUCAAUACCCUUCAAUCUUGCUCACAUUCACGCCAAACAACCCGCUCGGUAAUUUCCUCGCUGCAACUCCCGGACUGCAACGAAUUGGAGAGUUGAGCUCAAUCAGUGAAACUCGAGAAUUGAUGAACGAAAUGUGCAAAAAGUACCCGAUUUCAGACUGUUACUACAUGUCCGUGAAGUUUCUCGAGGUCUACAAGCAGAAGAUAGACGAUGAACGCGAUUGUAUCUACGUCAUUUCGACGUUUGAAUCUAGAUAUGGCAGCAGUGCACGUCUGCAGUUCUUUGCCAAAUACGUGCCCGCUGAGCAGGAGCCAAAAAGGAUGGAA